GGUAGCGUCACAAAAGUAGGAAAAAUGGACAAAACUGCGACAGUUUCUGUGGAUAGACAGGUUGAGCAUCCAUUGACUAGUAAAUUAGUCACCCGCACUACAAAAUUACUCGUACACGAUCCUACAAACGCCAUGGAAGAAGGCAACUCAGUUAUCGUGAAAGCUUGCAGACCAUUAUCUAGACGCAAACAUUACGUUCUCGACAGCAUACUAGACCCAAGAGAGAAUCAA